AUGAUGAAAAAUAAUCAAGAAUGGAUGAUAGAAGCUAACGUGUGCAUGGAAGAUUCUUUAGAAGAACGAAUAGCUGCUGUGGAAAAGGUUUUGGGUAUUGACGACUAUUCGGAUGUAAAGAAGGCGGACUUUGACGUUGCUUCAUUGCAAGAAAAGAUGACGUGCUUAGGCCUUGACCGAGUGAUGAAAAUACCGUUGUCAAAAUUGAAAAAGCUGAAAACUAUCACUAACAAGCCGCAUACCCAAUCAUUAACGGAAAGACUGGCUACAAUAGAAUUUUGCGAGAAUCUAAUCAGGCAAAGGGCUGAAUUGCUGAAGGAAUUCGAAGAACGACUUCAGGUGGUGCUGAACGCUGAGAAGAUUGGUUUGGUUCCUCAACAAGAAGCUCAACUAGAUGGAAUUCAAUCAGACAUCCAAAAAGGCUUGGAUGAGUGGAAACAGUACACAUUGGAUCUGGAGAAUUUUAAAACGGAAUAUUUCUCUGUCAUAGCAGCAUUGCAAGAGCGUCUUGGAGAGUUGGAGAGAAUGGUCACAGCACUUGAAAACGAAACAGAAGCAUAA